UAAAAUUUAAACAUAUGAAAGCAACAUUGUUGAUGGUCUUAACACUCUUGGUGUUAGGUAAUUCUUAGUAGGUAGACAUCCACGCUAAAGAUGUCUAUUUAAUUGUGAAAGGAGUUGUAGAAGGAGUGCAAGUUGAUGAUCACGUAGAAGUAAAAGAAAUAGUGUCUUGCUUAAACGAUUCAGAAGAAUUAAUUAAUAAUAUUGUCAAAGCUAUCUCAAAUUUAGAGACUUAAACCUUUGAGGGAGUCAAAGAAGGAAUCAAAUUAAUUGGAGUAGCCAUUUAAUAAAUUCCAGACGCCAUCACUGCAUGUGAAUCUGGAUCCGAGGAAAUGGUAGCUUUAUCAAAACUUCUCACUAACAUGUUAGAACAAUUGAGAAGCCCAUGGACAUUCUCAUAUAAAAUCGGUUAUAAUUUAAUUGUGAAUGGUCUAGAUAUCUAUAAGGAAAUCAGCACUGCUAUAAAAGACUGGAAAUCAGAAAUCUAUGAAGAUUUUGGAAAACAGAUUGGAUUUGUUCUGGUUUAACUACUUAAGGAAACAAAAAAUAUUGAGGCUGUUAUUCUUGAUGACGAAGUUGUAGGAAUAGUAUUUGAAGGACUACUUGAUGGAAUCGUAGAUGCAAGUGGAAUCAAAGCCAAAGACAUUAAAGCCUGUUUAAAUGUAGCUGGUGGAAUUGUGAUAGAUUUUGAAAAAGCUGUUAGACUCUUAGAAGAUGGUUCUGUCUCAAGUGUCAUCUAAGCUUUACAAUCAUUUGUAGAAGGCAUCUCUGAGUUCCCAAAGGCUCUCGAGACUUGCUAGUCUUCUUCUCAAGACGCUUUAAAGUUGGCUGAAAAAAUCAAAGUAUUAAUUGAAGCCUUACAAAACCCAACUUCUUUCAUCUAUCAUAUUGGAAAAGAUUUAAUUGUUAAUGGAAAGGACAUCUAUUAGGAGAUAUUUGCUGCUGUUGAUGAUUGGAAGUAUGGAAAUUGGAAUGAUUUCGGUUUCUAAUUGGGCAAGGCAAUGGAAUAAAUCUUCGUAGGACUCCAACAAAAUAAAUUAAAUUACGAAUGAAAUAUAUAAAUUUAAUACUAAUUUUAAAUCAAAAUUUUUGUUA